CCAAAAAUACCGAAACGAAUCGAAAAAUGUCCUGUAUCUGCCAAUUCUAUGCGCCCGGCGAGGACACAAACAGAGAUCUAGUGACGGUUCCUCUGCCUACCUCUGAUGACAUUUCCUCAUCCCAAAACCCAACAGCUGAUGCCGACGAAUCGUUGGAGUCCACUGCUCUCAAGACAGGAGUGUCGGCCUCAGAUCUGUCCGACUGCCGGGCAGAGAAUUGGAUCCUUACGAAGAAGUUGCGAGAGUACGAGGUAACCAUUGAGAAUCUGGAGCAGCUGGUUACCACCAUUGUUGAGAAACAGCAUCAAAUCUUGACCGAAAUGUUCCACUUGCGCAAGGAGAACCGAGAGCUGCAGUCCGAGUGCCAUCUUCAACGUGAGUACCACUCCAUGGAGAGGAACGCACUGAUGAGGGAGCUGCAUGAUGCUCAGACCCGAAGAUUCCUCUUGGGAUGCAGAUCGAAUGAAAGUAAAGGCAGUUUGAGUUGUACACCGACAGAGCCGCCUAUUAAAUCAGCAUCUUCUAAUGAAGACUGUGAUGAGACCGAGACGAGUGAGUCUGAAGACGAGGAUUUAGGAAAAGACGGGAGUGACGCGUCUUCGGAUGAGGAAGACCAAGACUCAGCACCAAGUUCAGGUCAAAAUUCCGGAAGCACAUCUCCGUCUUUAACGGACUUAUCAUGUGACACCGAUUCGGAUGACAACAGAUCCAGUGAUUACAGAAGCCGUAGGGAUAGCCCCCUCAGUGAUAGCGACACAGACUGACCACUAGCACCUCUUCCAAUUCCUUAAUGUAUAUUUUAUAUGAGGAAAUACAUUGUAAACUUUAAAACCUA